GUAGUUGAUGCAUUUCAAGAUAUCCCUAGCUCCUUGCAAUAUCUCUACACCAACAUCUCAAAAACAGAACAUGAAAAUACUUGCAAAUAAAAUAUUUUUAAAAUUUGGAACCCUCAGAAGUUUGCUCACACUGCAUCCACACAAACCCACAUUCUCUCUUUAAAAAUUGUGUCACAUAGUAAUACACAGAAGAUAGACAAGGGAAGUGAAAAACCUGAUAAUGGUGGGAGGUUGGUGUUUGAAGAAAAGAAGCUAGAGGGCUCUGGGGAGGAUGAGUUUGCUGCUCUUAUGCAGUCUUGUAUGGCUAGUCAUUGUCUUCAUUUUGCUUCGUCUGCGCAUAAUUAUAACAGUACCUUCAAGUCUUGUUGUUCUUCACCCCCCUCAGCAGUCACGUUUUCCGACAGAGGAUCCUCUUACAAUCCCCUUGUUUUCCAGGCUGUCAGACUUUUGGGCCCUCCUGCGCGAUUUGAAGCAUCAAAACUGAAGGUUGAAUUUAAAGGCGAAGAGCCUCAUCGAUACACCAGAAUUGUGCCAAGAAGCUACACACUCUCACAUUGUGACUUUACUGCUAACCUCACAUUAACCAUUUCAAGACUCGUCCACCUUGAUCAGUUGAAAGGAUGGUAUAAUAAGGAUGAUGUGGUUGCUCAGUGGACAGAAGUGAAUGGGAAUGUCUGUCUCGACGUGCACUGCUACGUGAGUGGACCAAAUCAGUUACUAGACCUAGCCGCGGAGUUCAGAUACCACAUCUUCUCGAAGGAGUUGCCUCUGGUUCUCAUGGCCGUGCUGCAUGGGGACUCAGCAUUUUUCAGUGAGCAUCAAGAUUUAAUGAACGCAUCAGUUCGAGUUUACUUCCACUCUAGUUCUAAGAAGUAUAACCGCGUCGAGAGCUGGGGGGCACUUAAAGAUGCUGCACAGGAAAGACGAGGAGAUCAUCUGAAGCACAGCUUAUUAGCCGCAAAAGAGGUUCCUCAUCACCAGAAGAACUGUGGAACUCCGAAAUCUCUGUUUCAGGCUCUGGUAGCUUUUCUACUAUAACUUACAUGUUAAAUUGCAAUUAACAAGAGUAUAUAAUACUGGUGAGUCUAAGGUUAAAGCUUCAAUCAGGCUUUUAUAGAGUUGCAUAAUUGCAUUCCAUUUUUUUGGAGGAUCUGAGUAUCGACUUCCAGUGAUGUGUAGCCAGCAAUUCAGUUUCCAGGGUCGUUUUUUCUUUUGUAUCUGGACUCAUUCAUUCAAUGAAAUACUUCACUUACAAUUC